GCAGCCAUUGGUCGGCGCGCGGGCACCCCUCCCCGUCGCCUUUCACAUCCUGUGGACAGAGGGGCCCGCCGGAGACGACGGCUUCUGCUUCCGGGUCACGCCUUGACAGCGGCUUUCCCCGCCCGGCUCAGCGCCCGAGGUCCGGUAUCAAUCACUUCUAUAGCCUUUGGUCAAUCGACCAGUCUUUGUGAAAUACCUACUUUUUGUGAGACUCUGGCUGGCCUUCCAUGGACAAAAAAAUAGAAGACAGAGACCUUGCCUUCUAAUUGAUUACAAUUUAGAGGAGAAGCGGUAUGAAAAUAACUAUACUGCAGGGCCAAAUAUAACAAGCAGUUUGGAGCAUGUGAACAUACUCUGAGCCUUGAUGAGUUCCAGUAUGUGGUAUAUUAUGCAGAGCAUUCAGAGCAAAUACUCUCUCUCAGAGCGCUUAAUCCGAACAAUUGCUGCCAUUCGUUCCUUCCCACAUGAUAAUGUAGAGGACCUCAUCAGAGGGGGAGCAGAUGUGAACUGUACCCAUGGCACACUGAAGCCACUGCACUGUGCCUGCAUGGUGUCAGAUGCUGACUGUGUGGAGUUACUCUUGGAAAAAGGAGCUGAGGUGAAUGCCCUGGAUGGUUACAACCGAACAGCCCUCCACUAUGCAGCUGAGAAAGAUGAGGCUUGUGUGGAGGUCCUCUUGGAGUAUGGAGCAAACCCCAAUGCACUGGAUGGCAACCGAGACACCCCACUUCACUGGGCAGCCUUUAAGAACAAUGCCGAGUGUGUGCGGGCCCUGCUAGAGAGCGGGGCCUCUGUCAAUGCCCUGGAUUAUAACAAUGAUACCCCGCUCAGCUGGGCCGCCAUGAAGGGAAAUCUCGAGAGCGUUAGCAUCCUUCUUGAUUAUGGUGCAGAGGUCAGAGUCAUCAACCUAAAAGGCCAGACGCCCAUCUCCCGCCUGGUGGCUCUGUUAGUUAGGGGACUCGGAACAGAGAAGGAAGACUCUUGCUUUGAGCUCCUCCACAGAGCUGUUGGACACUUUGAAUUAAGGAAGAAUGGCACCAUGCCCCGCGAAGUAGCCAGAGACCAGCAGCUGUGUGAAAAACUGACUGUUCUGUGCUCAGCCCCAGGAACUCUAAAAACACUCUCUCGCUAUGCUGUGCGCCGGAGUUUAGGACUCCAGUAUCUGCCAGAUGCAGUCAAGGGCCUCCCACUGCCAGCUUCUCUGAAGGAAUACCUGUUACUUGUGGAAUAGGCUGGAGGAGACAUUUGCACCGUCACGCAGGCAACUCCGGCCGAGGUGUUUCCCUGCAGUACACUCUUUGUCUUGGAAAACAGGAAAAGCAGUCGUUCCUGUUGUGUGGUUUGUAUUUAGAGGCAACGUGUCACAACAGUAACCUCCACACCAUCUCCCCUCCCUAAACCAAGCAACCAAACAAAAAAAUCCCUCACUUUUGUUUUCUGUUUAUUGCUUACUUGGCUUUUUAUAUUGCACCCUGCAAAUGGAGAGGCCUCCCCCCUCCCCUAUAGGGAAAAAGUGCAACUAAACUCUAGGAAGAUGAAAAGUAUUUCAAGAAUGUGUGUUUAGCUUUCCUUCGGGAACAUGAUUAACAUUUCAGAAGCAUCCCUCCAGAAGCAUUGUAACUGGUCCAUGAAGAAGUUUCAAACAUCCCAGCCAAAGAUGAAGAUCCUCCAACCUCACAGGAUGUGCAGACUCACAGUUGGGCUGGAUGAUGCCCUAAGGUGCGGCCACGGCACUGGAGCGACCGGAGGGGACUGCCCCUCGCUCACCAUCAGAGGAACCUGUACCUUUGGCCUCUUUUCCAUGGGUGUGCCUGAGGCUUACGGUAGCUCAGCAAUAGCAUUGUCUUGCUGCUUUCCACAUGGUAGAAGAGAGGUCCAAGCAGUCCUAAGAACUCCGUGUCCUCAGAACUUUUAUCCUAACGCAGUUCUUUCUCUUGGUGAAAGCCAGUUUGCUCCAUCGGGCUUGGCAGGUGUUUGAGCACCUUCGGUGAAGGUGUUUUACGCCAGCAGGAGACGAUGGGCUGGGCUGCCUCUUCCCAUGGGUCUUCUUCAUUUCCUUGUAGGCAGCUCACUCUCCUAAGAGUUGGGAGUUACUUUCCUUUCAGUUGUUUUGGAAAGUUUGCUUUUUACUGAUCUAUACAAGAUGUCAGGGGAGCGGAGGGUGCGGGGGACAAGCUCUGUAAGAGCUGCUUUUGCGAUGGCCCGCCUACUCACCACAGAGCUGCUUUAGGGACCCAUACUUAGCCAACAGUACUCUUCCUUUUCAUGGUCCUAAACUAGAUCAAGUCGUUACUGAUCUUGGAUGACCCAGAUGCAAUUUUGAAAAACCUUUUUUUUUUUUUUUAACUGAUUGGAAACUACAAAUAAAAAUGAUUGGAAUCUGCUGACACAGCUAAUUUGAAAAA